GUAGUGGUCGGCGGCGGUCAGGUUUAGCUCCUCCCACAGCUCCAUGAGCUCGUUAAGGUCUACGGCGCUCAGACUCAUUGUGGCGUGGUCCACUUGACACGUGUGGAGAGGUCACGUUCAGAGGAUCCGCACCAACACGCAGAGAACCAACGAGAUGGUGUUUCUGGGAAUGAUCCCUGCGAACCCUCCUGGUCCCGGUUUAGUCCUUCAUGCCCGGCGUGUUUCAGUGGGUCAGAGGCUGAUCCAGGAUCAGAACGAGGAGGAGUACCAAAGAGCUCAGCUGAGUGUGAAGCAGUCAGUUCUAGACGUGGAGGGAACCGACAUCAGGGAGACUAUGCAGGAACAGAUCCGACAGUGGUUCAUCGAGUGCAGAGACGCCGCAGGAACGUUUCCAGAGUUUCCCGACGCUGCAGACGGAGGAUCAGCUGCCAUCUUCACUCAGAAAACACCUGAACAGGUUUCAGCUGAGCUGGCGGCGAGGAGGAGGAGAGAGGAGGAGAGAGAAGAAGAAGAAGAAAAAAGAAGAGAAGAGAGGAGGACCACAGAAGAGAAAGGGGAGGAGAGAGAGAAGAAGAAGAAGAAAGAGGGGGACGGUGGUUGGAUGAAGCCCCGCAGCUGUUCCUGUCUGAUGUGGUCGAAGGGGUCGGAUCUGCUCAGGUCAGUGUACUGUUGUCUCCAUGACAACUGGUCGACCUCACAGAAGAAGAAGAGACGUCCGGCUGGAUCCAGGACCGCCUGCUUACUGUGUACUGCAGAAGUGGCCCUGCAGCUGUUUUAUUGUGAAAAGUCCAUUCAUAAAUUAAUCUGCUUUUAUUUUCUCAUGUUGUUGGCCAGCUGCGUUCUUAUUGGCUCUGAGCCCGCCGCUCACACAGGACGUGCACAUGUCCGUCAGGAAGUGGCCCCCGGGAGCCGCUCUGCUGCACCUGGGUCACUUUAUUGUUGUUCACUGUGUCACUUCCUGUCCCGUCCUGAGAAAAUGAAGGUUCCCACACACCUGUCACUUCCUGUUUCAGACGUGUGGUGUCGCCAUGACGACCGCCAGACUGUCGACGUGCAGCUGCUCCGAGACGAGAUGAGACAGGAAGUGGAACAGGAAGUCAGGCUCCAGGUGGACGAGCUGAUGAGGGCGGAGCUGGAAAACCUCAAACUGGUCAUCGACAAAACCCAGAAGAAGAAGAAGAAGAAGAAAGGGAACAGAAAGAAGAAGAAAAGCAAGAAGAAGAAGAGAGAGAAAGACCUGACAGCACACAGGUCCCUACAGUCUCUGUGUGAGGAGCUGAUUCUGGAGGGCUUCCUCGUCCAGCCAAUGAAUAUCAAGCUCUCUGACUACAUCGGUGAGUACAGUUACUUGGGCUCGACUCUCCAGCAGGUGAACACUGAACCGAUGCCGUCGCUCUCUGAUGUCAGACAGCUCAUCACUCUGUACACCGUGCUGCCUCUGGGAUCCCAGGCGGUCUUGAAGAAGUUCCCAGGGAUGAAGACUCUGCUGCUGGCCGGUCCGUCUGGAGUCGGCAAGAAGAUGUUGGUUCACGCCGUCUGCAGCGAGACCGGAGCUCACCUGUUCCACCUGAACCCCGCCCACCUGAGCACCAGGUACCCGGGCAGAACCGCCUACCUGCUGCACCUGGUCUUCAAGGUGGCAGGUGAGCUGCAGCCGUCUGUGAUCUGGAUAGAAGACGCAGAGAUACCGUUCUACAGGAAAACUCCAAAAACUGAGCGAGAGCUGGAUCUUAAGGGGCUGAAGAAAAACCUCCUGAAGUCUCUGAAGACCCUGAAACUGCAGGACCGAGUUCUGGUGAUCGGGACCAGUCGAAGACCGUUUGACGCCAACAUCAAACCGCUCUGUAAAGUCUACAAGAAGAUCAUCCUGAUCCCCAGACCAGACUACAGCUCCAGACUGGUUCUGUGGAUGGAGCUGCUGCGUGCUGAGGGGGCAGAGCCUGGUCCACAUCUGGACCUCAGCUCAUUGGCUAAGAUCACCGACGGCUUCACUCAGGGUCACAUCCUGCAGGCGGUCCGCUCGGUGCUCCGCCCCCACAGGCUGAAGAAGCUCCACCUACAACCGCUGACCGCCACGGAGUUCAUCCCAUCGCUGUCGAGGAUGGAGCCGGUGUACCGGGAGGAGGAGGACGCCUUCAAGCUCUGGUUCAGGAAGACGCUGCUGGGCAGGAGGAAGGCACGAGCUGCCAAAACCAGCGAAGAAGAACGAGGAGCGACCGCAGCGGGGAAGAAGAAGAAGAAAGGGGCAAAGGACAAAAACAAGAAGUGAUGAAGUCUUUACUGCUGUAGUCUAUUUUUAUUUAAUGGAAAAUAUUAGUGGGUUUCUUUAGUUCCUGACUUACAUUUAUUCAUUUAUCUGACGCUUUUAUCCAAAGCCACUUACAAUUGCUAUACACGUCAGAGGUCGCACGCCUCUGGAGCAACGAGGGGUUAAGUGUCUUGCUCAGGGACACAAUGGUGGAUGAGUCACAGUGGGGGAUUGAACCCUGGUCUCUCACACCAAAGGCAGGAAUCCUUCUCCUGGUGUUUGGUAAAACACCAGGCCUUUUAUUUUGAAGGAGAAAAAUAACUUCCUGUAACCAACCUUUAAAGUGAUUAAACUCCAGGUUUCCUUUGUUGUUGUCUAUUAAAGAUGUGAAAACGUGUUUCACCAACA